AUGAGAGUUGCUUUAAUUUUAUGUAAUUUGGUGGUGUUGGCAUUGGUAUAUGCUGAGAGUGAACUGCCUCUAGCAGAGCCAUGUGAUCCAGAAAAAUGCAAGCUACCUGAUUGCAGGUGUUCAUCUGUAGAAAUUCCUGGAGGUUUGGCUCCCAGAGACACCCCACAGUUUGUUCUUCUAACCUUUGACGAUGGUGUAAACAUCAACAAUAUCGAAACUUACCGGGCUCUCAUUUAUAACAGAAAAAAUAAAAACAGCUGCCCAGCUGGAACAACUUUCUUCGUCAGCCACGAAUACACUGAUUAUAGUUUAGUCAAUGAACUGUAUAACCAAGGUUUCGAAAUCGCUCUACACUCAAUAUCACAUAGAACUGACGAUGUAUAUUGGAGGACUGCAGAUUAUGAAACAUUAAUGAAAGAAUUCGGUGAUCAAAUAACUCUAACGUCGCAUUUUGCCAACAUCCCCGAGAGUGAAAUUUUCGGAAUUCGUAGUCCUUUCCUCCAACUUUCUGGUAAUUCGUCGUUCCAAGUGGUGUCAAGUGCUGGACUCAAAUAUGAUUCGAGUUGGCCUACUACUGCAUUCACCGAUCCAGGACUAUGGCCUUACACAUUGGACUAUCAAAGUACUCAAGAUUGCAUCGUUCCCCCUUGCCCUACAGCCUCCAUUCCUGGUACAUGGGUCAUGCCUAUAGUUGCUUGGUCGGACUUAGGAGGACUCCCAUGCAGUUUUGUUGAUGCUUGUUUUUUCAAUCCUGGACAUGAUGAGGAAGCGUGGUUCCAGUUCAUCAUUAAAAACUUUGAAAGACAUUACCUUGGAAACCGUGCACCCUUCGGCUACUACGUGCAUGAGGCGUUUUUCACAGUAAACGACGCUGCAAGAAGAGCGCUUGUUAGAUUUUUAGACAUGAUCAAUAAUCUUAACGAUGUUUUUAUGGUAAACGCUAAUGAGGUUAUCAACUGGGUUCAAAAUCCUAUACCACUUAACGAAUAUGUGCAAAAAGAUUGCCCGAGAAGGACGCCAAGUGCUUGCCGUGUCACAAGCUGUGGACCUCUGUCUUCUAGUCAUACUGAAAUGCAAUACUGGAUGCGUAUUUGCAACAGUUGCCCAAGAACAUACCCAUGGAUCGGCAAUCCUCUUGGUUUA